AUGGUUUGCAAAAAAAUAGAGUUGGCACAUCUUAGUGAAAGGAGUGCCAUAUUUUCUAAAAGAAAGAAGGAUCUUUUCGACAAAGCAUGUGAGUUAUCUGUUUUUUAUGGUGCUAGAGUGGCUGUGCUUGGAUUCUCCCCUGCUGGUGACCCAUUUGCUUUUGGUUCUCCAUCUGUUGAUGCUGUAGUUGAUGAGUAUCUUCACAAAGGUCAAGAAUUUGACAGUGAAUUAUCAAGAAAAAAUCUUGAAUCUUCUGAAAAUGGAAAACUCAUCAAACUCAAUAAACAAAUUAAGCGUGCGAUCAAAGAGCUGAAGAUGGAAGAAAAAAAGAUGGAAAAAAUGGACAAAGGUAAUGUUACCUUUAUUCCUGAUGAUCUUGGUGCGGAGGAACUUCUUAAAGUGAUGGCUUUUUUGAAAAAGCUCCGGGAUGAGAUUGAGGUGGCAAAAUCUUUACUUCUUAUUGCAAAGAAACCUAUAUGA